CUCCUCUAACUUGGAACCACCAAGAAGCUCAGCUCACCGUCUGCAAACCCGUUGGGAGCUACCAUGAGCGGCACGACCGGCGGCGUCGUGGGUGUGCAGACGACGGCGGCGGCGGUUCCUGAUCUCUCACUCCACAUAAGCCCUCCGUCGCCGCCACCGGCCGGCGGCGUCGAGGCGCUGCCGGAGCCGAGGCUGCUGCUGGGGCUGGGGCUGGGGCCGGGGCCGGGGCUGGAGCUCGACGACGACGACGACGCCGUGGCGACGAAGAAGGUGGACGACGACGACGACGCGGCCGCGGCGGCGCGGGAGCACAACCUUCACGCGCAGCGGCUCCGGCUGCAGUUGCACCAGCCGAGCCAGACGGCCCACGGGUUCAAGAAGAGCUCGUCGGGCACCGCUGCCGGCGGCGGGAGGAGAAGCUCCAGGGCGCCGCGGAUGAGGUGGACCACCGCGCUGCACGCGCACUUCGUGCACGCCGUCGAGCUCCUGGGCGGCCACGAGAGAGCAACACCGAAGUCAGUACUGGAACUGAUGAACGUAAAGGAUCUUACACUAGCGCACGUCAAGAGCCACCUGCAGAUGUACAGAACAGUGAAGGGUAGUACAGACAGAUCAUGUGUAGCAGCAGCAGGCCAUGGCGGCCAUGCCGGAGACAUGGUCCUUCUCAGAAGAAGAGGCGCUGGUGAAGGGGACGGCGGCUACUACGAUGUUCCCAUCUGCAACAAAAACCCAGUGAACACCACCGUCGACCCUACUUUCUUCAACAACAACAACAGCAACAUUACUGAUAGGUUCGCAUUGCUGCAUUAAUUUAAAUCUCUUCUCAGAUUAAGUUAUUAUUCUAGUAUGUACCACCAAUAAACAAGUACUUCAUUUUCUCAGAUUAAGUAAACAAGUACUUACAUAGCUGCUAGCUCAUGCAUGUACUCCAAGUCUGAGUAUUUAUAUGGACGCAUGUCUUCAUUUCUUUGUU